UCAAGCAGAAUCAACUGACCAAGCUGGUUUCUAUCUCCAAGGCUCAGGGAUCAACUUGGGCCACGUUCAGACACUUUUUGGAGAAAGCAACAGCAAGCCAGUCCCAUUUCCCUCUGAUGUAAAACCGGGGUGAGCAACUAUGGCCCCUUCAUGACCUAUGGACUUCAACCCCCAGAAUUCUCAAGGCAGCAUGGAGCUGAUUUCCACAGGUCAUAAAGGGGCCAGAGUUGCCCAGCCCUGUCCUAAAAGGACCUAGGAAGGGGCAGGGAUGUGAGACUUACAAGAGGUGGGUGCUGGAAGGUCUGAUGGAACUUGCCAAAGUCCUCACACUCUGUGUUGUGUCAUUAUAGCCACUUUCGCAAGUAAUGCGACUAAACUUCCAGAAUCGCCCGGGAUCCUCGAUGAACCAGUCUGUGGUGGUCAGCAAGGCCAAGAAAACCAUCACCUACUACAUCACAACUUCCAGUAACCAAACCACCGCCAUCUUGUUUGAUUGCAAGAAUGGUUAUGUCUGUUAUAAGCUGUCGGGGCACAGCAAUUGUUACCUGAAGAGGAUGAAUGCCCAGGAUCAGGAUGCUGCCCAGGCCUCCUUCAACCUAUCAAAACACAAGGUGAGUGCCUGCAACAGCCUGGCCUAAGAAGAAUCUCUCCAAUUAAUUUGUCCAUCCAUCCAUCCAUCCAUCCAUCCCCUCCUUCUCUCUCUCAGCACGAGGGCUGCCUCUGUGGGGCAAGGCAUCCUCUCUUGCCAGGCAGCUCUGGGUGCAGGAGGCAGCUAGUCUCCCAAUCUCCAGCAGGCAUCCCUGGGGCACUAAAUAGGAGAAGGCUGGCAUAGCCAAAGGGCAUAAGGCAACCAGUUUCCUUCCUUAAUUCAUCACUCCAUUAAUCAGUUCCGACUCUCUUCAGUUGCUGAACUCUCUCUAGGCUGUGUGCAAAAAAACCACCAUGAAAAACAGAUAUAAUGGUGGAGAGAUUUCGGAUUAGCUGUCAAAGCAAGAUGCCCUCCACUCACAGGAAGAGUUACAUCUCCGAAUGUCAGAAGUGUGUCUUUAGGAUCAACGCCCGAAGCCCAUGGUUGCCUCAGGGCUUUGUUUGCAAGCUACUGCCAGUAACCCAACCAGCUGGUGGUUUGUUUCCUCAUUGUCUUUUCUGAGCUUGUGAGGCAUUUUUAACUUGCUGGCACUUGUUCUAAAACAAGGGUGUGCAACCUUGGCAACUUUUAAGACUUUAACCAGCAUGGCUGGCUGGGGGAUUCUGGGAGUUGAAGUCCAAGUCUUAAAAGUUGCUAAGGUUGGACGCCGCUGCCCUAAUGGAAAAGCAAUAGAUAACAUUCGAGAGGUUGGCAACUCAUGGCUAGCUUUGGGAGAUUCCCGUCAGGUGAGUGGAAACAAAGCCACAUUGUCUGAAAGGCUGCUGCCACUGGAAAAGUCAGAGCGAGGGGGCGUCAGGCCUGGAGGGCAGAGGUCCGAUUUCUGGAAGACAGAGGGCUCUCUUUGCUGCAAAUGUCAGAAGGAAGCUGGCUGGGCUCAGGUUUCUGCUCUGUCGGGUCAGGAGCUGCCGUUCCUCACCAAUGCAGCUAAGACGCCUCCAGAGGCAGAGAGGGAAGAAGGGGGGAUGCAGUGCACCUGUUCACAUAUCCCACCCCCUGGAUAUCCAGUUCAGGGUAGCCUUAGGGCCGGGGUGUUGAACUCAAUUUCACUGAGGGCCGCAUUAGGGCUGUGGUUGGCCGUGGGGGGGGGGGCAGGCAUGGUGAGUGUGGUGUGGUCAGCUUGACACCCCUCACUGGGCGUGGUUGACUGGGUGGCCAUGUCCAGCAUUGACGCCACUCCUCAAACUGCUGGCAUAUUUCCUCUUUGCAGUGUGUAGACUGGGCUGAAGUGACGUGGGAUGGCCCCUUACAUUUUCCAGAUCCGACAUUGCGGGCCGCAUCCAGCCUGCAGGCCUUGAGUUUGACACCCCUGCUUUCGGGCCUCUCCCAAAGUGGCAGCCCCAGCCAAGGGGUCUCCAAAGUUAGCAAAUUGAAGACUUCUAGACUUCAACUCCCAGAAUUCACCAGCUAGCCAUGCAAGUCUUCAAUUUGCUAACUUUGGAGAGUCCUGAGUUAGAGGAACAGCAGCCUCUCGGUCCCUUGUGGCUGCAGUCUAGAAAGCACUCCCGGGGCAAAUCUGGUCUUUAAAUGCUUCUUUUGGGGAGAAGCAGCAUGGAAACAGAUUAACAGAGUUGGAAGGGAACUUAU